AUGUCUGCGGCUGCGAUGGCUCCACCGCUUGUAGCGGUUGUGAAUGAUCAGAUUUACGCGGCUGAUCAUGCCGGUAUGACGGUUAGAAGGUAUGAUAAGGAGAAACGGGUUUGGGUAAUAGUUGGGAGUUUACCUGAGCAAGCGGGAUCGAUGAACGGUUGGGGUUUGGCGUUUAGAGCUUGUGGGGAUCAGGUCAUAGUGAUUGGUGGACCAAAGGCUCCAGGUGAAGGUUUCAUUGAGCUUAACUCAUGGGUUCCAAGUGAUGGUACACCACAGUGGCAUUUACUUGGGAAGAAACAGUUGGUUAAUUUCGUUUACAACUGCACCGUUAUGAGCUGUUAA